UUGCCUCUUAUCUUUCUCGAUAAUAUGACUUGAGAUAGGCAUGGCCGAAUUUCUCAACACUUUAACAAAUGGUUAGGGUACGUGCACUCUUGAAACAUUGUUAACACGUAUUUGUUGGCAGAGGGCAGAAAGAAAAUACUGUGUAAUACAUUUAUGAUACAAAGUGGUUUGUUCCUUUGCUUACAACGGGAAGCCAGUCUAUGGUCAACAUGGUGUCCGGUCUGCUGUUACGGAGAAUAUUUCUGACCGUUGCGGAAACCAGCAGCCGCGUUUCGCUCGGUAUGAGAGGCCAAUGGUGUGGUUUCACGACCUCAACAACCAGAUUCAGCGAGUUCUCCUUGCCCAACCCCGAUUCGGUGGUGAGCUACAAGCAGCUGAAGAACAUGUUGUCCGCUCACAACGUCCAGCUGUUUGAUGUCCGCAACCAAGAUGAGUUCAUGGCUGGACGCAUCCCGGACUCUGUAAACAUCCCAUUGAGCCAGCUGGAGGAAUCUCUAAAGCUGUCACCAGAGCACUUCCAGCUGCAGUUCGAGGUGAAGGCUCCUGGGAAAGAUGAUGACAACCUUGUGUUCCACUGCCAGAAGGGCCGGAGGAGCGCCGAAGCUCUAGCCAUCGCCCGACAACUGGGCUUCAACAGGGCUCGGCACUAUCAGGGGGGGUACAGUGAAUGGGCCGCACAUGAGGGAAAGAUGCUUUUGUGGCACAGCCGAUGCCACGCAGGGCUACGGGCCAGAAGGUUGAGGGUUUGCCGACCACCACGGACGAACACAGAGCCAGAAGGUUGAGGGUUUGCCGACCACCACGGAUGAACACAGGGCCAGAAGGUUGAGGGUUCGCCGACCACCACGGACGAACACAGGGCCAGAAGGUUGAGGGUUCGCCGACCACCACGGAAGAGCUCACUCUCACUGCAUGUUUAUUACACUAUGAUCAGAGCCAGUUGCAGACAAUGAUCAGCUAGGGGGAAAUCAGAUGUUCAACAUUUUGAUGCCAUAUUUAUAAUUGUGUAAAAUAUAUGGAACAAAUGUUCUACCAACAGAUUUCUGAGCCAAUGCACCACAAAACCAAUAAACAAAGCAUAUUAACUUCGGGCA